AUGAAGAUCACGACCGUCUGUCUCCUUAUUCUCCAAGGGGUUCUCCUUGCCCCAUCCACUGCUUCAGCCGCCGCUCUCCCAAGGCACGCAAACACCACGGAUCUGCCAAAGCGCACAAUUGCAGGCAUCUCCGUGGUUGACACCCCUAUCGUCCAAGCCGCACACGGGUUAGCCCGCAUGUACAGCGAGCCCUACCUGUACAAGCACAUUAUGCGAUGCUGGCUCUUCGGGACCCUGAUCCUGACGCACAACGAGACGCUGGCCGCGUCGGUGGACCCCGAGGUGCACGCCGUGUCGGUACUACUGCACGACCUGGGCCUCUCGCCGAGCUCGCCGUUCCUGAGCGCGGACCGGCGGUUCGAGGUGGAUGGAGCCUUUGCCGCGACGAGCUUUGUGGCUAACUUCACCACUACCGCCUCGGGCUCAGGCCCGAAGGGACACGCCGCCGCAUGGGACGCACAGCGCCGGCAGCUGGUCUGGGAUGCCAUCGCGCUGCACACGGAGCGUAGUAUCCACGAGUUCAAGGAGCCGGCGGUGGCUGUGACGGGCAACGGAAUCGGGAUGGACUUUCGGGGCGCCGACUACGGGGUGACGGCGGCCGAGUACGCGGCCGUGCUGCACGAGUACCCACAGGAGGACCUGCUGGGCGGCUUCAACGCAUCGCUGGUGUGGCUCGCCCACACGAAGCCCAGCAGCACGUAUGAUACGUGGCAGCAGCCUUGGGGCGACAACUAUGUUGCGAAUUACAGCGCGGUAGGGCACAGAACCUUUGAUAUCAUUGCACUAUCAAAGACCCAGAUCACCGAGUCCGAAUAG